UAGCAAAAACUUAUCGCCGGUAACUUACAACCACUUGUUUCCGAAACAGCAACAGAGCCUCCAAAAAAGCUCACUCAAUCUCCGGUUACAGACGAUUCUCUCCUCCGCUGCUUCUAUGACUACUUCGAUCCUCAACACCGUCUCCUCCAUACAUUCCUCCAGAGUUACCCCCGUCGACAGAGUCGGAGUUCUCUCUCUCCGUAAUCCCGAUUCCGUCGACUUCACUCGUCGGCGUUGUUCUGGUACAUCGACCUUGGUCUUCGGAUCACCGGGGCGGAGAUUUGUUGUGCGUGCGGCGGAGACUGAUACGGAUAAAGUUAAAUCUCCGACGCCUGACAAGGCACCAGCCAGUGGUUCGAGCAUUAACCAGCUUCUCGGUAUCAAAGGAGCAUCUCAGGAAACUAAUAAAUGGAAGAUUCGUCUUCAGCUCACAAAACCAGUCACUUGGCCUCCACUGGUUUGGGGAGUCGUCUGUGGUGCUGCUGCUUCAGGGAACUUUCACUGGACCCCUGAGGACGUUGCUAAGUCGAUUCUUUGUAUGGUGAUGUCUGGUCCAUGUCUUACUGGCUAUACACAGACAAUCAACGACUGGUAUGAUCGAGAUAUUGACGCAAUUAAUGAGCCAUAUCGUCCAAUUCCAUCUGGAGCUAUAUCAGAGCAAGAGGUUAUUACACAAUUCUGGGUGCUAUUAUUGGGAGGUCUUGGAAUCGCUGGUAUAUUAGACGUGUGGGCAGGACAUACCACUCCCACUGUGUUUUAUCUUGCUUUGGGAGGAUCAUUGCUAUCUUAUAUAUACUCUGCUCCACCUCUUAAGCUAAAACAAAAUGGAUGGGUUGGAAAUUUUGCUCUUGGAGCAAGCUAUAUCAGUUUGCCAUGGUGGGCUGGCCAAGCAUUGUUUGGCACUCUUACACCAGACGUUGUUGUUCUAACACUCUUAUACAGCAUAGCUGGGUUGGGAAUAGCCAUUGUUAAUGACUUCAAAAGUGUUGAAGGAGACAGAGCAUUAGGACUUCAAUCCCUCCCGGUAGCUUUUGGCACUGAAACUGCAAAAUGGAUAUGCGUUGGUGCUAUAGACGUUACUCAGCUCUCUGUUGCCGGGUACCUAUUAGCAUCUGGCAAACCUUAUUAUGCAUUGGCGUUGCUUGCUUUGAUCAUCCCUCAGAUUGUGUUCCAGUUUAAAUACUUUCUCAAGGACCCAGUCAAAUAUGAUGUCAAGUAUCAGGCAAGCGCACAACCAUUCUUGGUACUCGGCAUAUUCGUGACGGCAUUAGCAUCGCAACACUGAAAAAGGGCGUAUGCUGUUGGAGUUUAGGCGAAAGCAGAGGCGUUGAAACCACAAAUGGUGGGCAAGUGGUGGCAAGGCAUCAACCACAUUUUAUAAUAUUCGAAAAUUAUGUGCCAUCAGUAGAAACAAAUCUUGUUGUAUCUUUAGCCGAACAGCGUUAUAGAUUAGUGUUUCAACUAUUUGAGUCCUUCAGUGUCGACUCUAAAACAUACAAACAUAAAUAAAAGAAUGUUGUGUUAUUACUA